AUGAAUUUCUACGAUCGCAACGCGGAGAGCCUAACCAAUGGGAUUGCAGCAGCGAGUAACCCAUAUAGUAUCGCAUCAUCCCUAACUCCGGCUGCGCCGACAAGUGACCACCAACCUGCUCAUAAUGGGCAUAACGAGAUGGGAGAUAUACUCGAAGCCAUUUUCCAGCAAGGAGGCUGGGUGGGCCACAAAGUGCUAGCCCGCAAUAACGGUAAUUUCGGAAAUACUGCGGCCAUAUCUUCCCAUUUCCUCCCCGGCACCAUAAAGGCCUUUUCUGAGAGCAUUAUAAGCGUGGAAUGCGACCAAGAUACACAUGCAUAUGCGAUGAAUGGUGACGAUACUGAGGGGAAAAAGAGAGUCAUUGCCCUGACAUACGAUUACUCUCACGUCAAUAGUCUAGAUCUUUACAACUCGGUCGAUCUAGUGAGCGAUCAGACGCCAUCUAUAAUCGAGCUUUUAUCUCUAAUACAAUCCGGGAAAGGUAGGGUAUGCUGCGCGAUAUCCGCUCCCCUUCGACCUACCCAUACCUUCGCAGAAGGAAAUCUAAUAGCCUUCGACGGAAACACGCUAUCCUUCUUGGUUCGCAUAGAUUCGCUGGAUGUUUGGUGCAAACGCAAUAGUCUCCGACUCAUCAAAUGGCCCUGGCACGAGGAACUCUUUUAUUAUUCGAAUCGCAUCAUCACACCCUUCGCUACUUGUUCUGCUUCGGAAAGCAACGUUCCUUCUAGUUCCACUUUAUUGACAAUUGAAGAGCCAAUACUCGAUAAUUUAAAUAACAUGGAUAGAAAAGAAAUCACGAAUAAUGAUUGUAAUCAUGAUAAUCUUGCAACUACCAAGAUCAUCGAUAAUGUAGAUGGUAGAGAAGAAGCGGUGAACACGCGCGAAGUGACUCCUCAGCCGCCUUACACAAAAGGCGACAUUGUGGUCACUGCCCAAGGGGUGCGUAAAAAGUUUAACGGUAAACAAUGGCGCCGACUAUGUUCUCGCUCCGAUUGUUCCAAGGAAUCCCAAAGACGGGGUUUUUGCUCGCGCCAUUUGAGCGGUGGUAAUAGCAAUUCUAACAACCCCUCGUCUUAUUCUUCUCACUCUUCCUUAUCUUCUCCCUUUACCCUAUCCAACCUUUCUUCCUCCCUAUCCUCCACCCCUUUGUUUUCGUUCCGCACGGAUUCGAACCACUCCUCCAAUUACUCGUUUUCGCAACAAGUUCAGCACCACUCGGGAGAUGGCUAUCAUCAUUUGAUCGUGGGUCAUACCCAUUUCAACCAGAACAGCCAAAACGCUUUAUUCCCAUCACCCACCCCGCAGAAUUCAUCGGAUUUAGCUCUUAAGGACAGCAGCAGCAGUAAAGAGCUAUUUCGUAUCCGGUUCGACAACAAAUCGAUAACGACUUUGGAUACCGGUGGAACUGUUCAUAACGGGGAUCCGAUCAUUUUUGAGGCAAACAUUGCGUCUAGCGUUGAGAACUUUAGAUCGGUAGCCUCUAUAAAUAUUGGUGGCGGAACUUCUACCGCUAAAUUAACUGACUCGACAGAGCCCUUGGACGAUACAGCCACCUUUCCCGAUUCAAAUAUCACGCAAGAAUCAUUGGUUACUUCCUCAAAAUGCGACAUCCUAGAUUGCAAUAAUACUUACGUGGACUGUAAUUUUGUAGAACCCGCUUUUGGUGUUUGCGAAAAAGAGGUUGCCGAUAUGCUGGUAUCCCUAUCCAACUCUAGUUCCAAACGCGAUACUAAUUUGAACGAUUUCCUCAUGUCUAGUGACGAUAGCCUCACCCGUAAAGAAUCAACACCGUGGUUCAAUAUUUUACCAGUCUACGAUUCAAACAACUCGACCUUAUCGUACAUUAAACCAUACGCCGCACACCUUAAAGAGAUGAAAAAAUCGGAUUGCAAAUCAGUAAAUCUUUCAUCGACAUUGGAGGAACCGCUGAACGCUACCGAAUGCUGCGAUGACGAAGACGACGUUUUUAUGUGCGAUGAAGUACCGCUCAUAGAUUUCAAUGCAUCAUCCAAAAUUUUAUUGCCAAAAAUUAAGAGCAAAUCCUUUUCCGAGAUUCCUACGAUCCAUACUUCUAAAUCACCAAAGGUCAUAUCACCACGUAUCGACAAAUGUCUCACCACUUUUCCUCCCCUCAAAAAAUCGAAAUCUGAAAAUAUUUUUUUGUCACCACAGACCAAAGAGCAUCUUCAUAAAUGGCCUUAUCAAUUAGAUAUCAAGCACGAUGACCCACUAGGCCCGAUAAAGCCAGUUCCAUUCUACCCUGAUCUUGCCAAUCCUUCUACAUUAACCAAACCUCCUGGAGUGGAAAUUGGCCAAUUUCCCGAUAUCGAUAACCUCUUAAUAAAGCAACGUAUCAGGAGACCCAUGAACGCAUUCAUGAUAUUCAGCAAAAGGCACAGACCUCUAGUCCAUCAAAGGCAUCCCAACAAGGAUAACAGAGCCGUUUCUAAGAUACUCGGGGAAUGGUGGUACGUAUUAGAACCUGGGCAAAAAAAAUUGUAUCACGAUUUGGCUUCACAAGUUAAAGAGGCCCAUUACAAGACCUACCCUGAUUGGAAAUGGUGCAAUAAGGAACGUAAGAAGUCCUCCAAUUCCAAUACCAACCAGUCAGAAAUUUCGCAAGACAACCACGCGAUACCCGUUACGCGUGACAAUGACAAUACCUUAAAAAAAAAUGAUAUCACGAUGCCACAUGUCGAUCCUAAGGAUGUUCGUAUUGAUUUGAAAUGCUGCGAAGAGGUGAUUGACAGUGAUCCCGAAAUUGUGACAGAAUCCAAUAAUAACGAUAUAAUCUCUAAAUCAUUUCCCAAGAGCACUUUUAAUCCCAUCAAUACCUCAACUUCGGCUCAAAAUUUGGCUGACAAAACUCAGUCCAAACUUGCCAACAACCUUUCUUCAAACUUAGUCAAUAUUUUACCGAAAUCGGAUGAAAGGAAUGUCUUCACCCACCAUCAUAAUUCUAAAAACCAAAAUGGCUGCAAUAAAUUGAUUAACCAAAACAUUGCUUCAUCUACCCAAAAUCAAAAUUUUUUCGAUCAAAUAUGUAAGUCACAAAUUGAACAUGUUGGUCAGACGAAAGAAUUCGAAUCCGCUAAUGUAGUCGUUGAGAACGGCAUCGUUCCUUCUCUCAAGCUCAUACCAUCUAGUCGGGACUUAGCAAACCCAAUUUCGGGCCACGGUAAUAAUAAUACGAAUACGAAGAAUGUUUGCAAUAUUGGCAAUACUAGCUCUUACAACACCUUAACCUUCCCUAUCCUAGUGCUGAAAAAUGGUUCCAACACUCAUUCUGGCCCCUCGGAACUUAUCAACAAAGCUUCUUCCAAAUUAGCACUCUUAGUAGCCGCUCAUCAAAACAAUAUGUUAAAACCCGGUGUUAGUAACACAGUUAAUUCUCAAAAUAUUUUGAACGGUUGCAACUACUUGAAUAAACAAAUAUCCGAUCCGCUGGACGAAAAUAACACCAAUUUCUCCAAAAUUGUAUUCCUGACAAACGUGCCAUCGACUCACGAUAAUUACAAUAUCAACAAUUUGCCCGCCAUAAAUCAGAGUUUUAAGAAUCAUCAUUUUUUUGGAGACCUAAAGAAAAUAUCAUCAUCCGCUCCUACAACUAAGGCCAUUACUCUUUCAUCACCCGCUUUUUCAUUCCACGCUUCCUCCGCCCCUGUAAACGUUAAAUUAGAUUUUGGCGCCUAUUCAACUAAUCCUGAAAAUUUAUACGGCAGUAAUCUUGUUAACUAUAGCGUCACGCCUAUUAACUAUCUCUCAAGCAACACCGUUUCAUUGAUGAAAGAUAACAGAGAUUUGUGUAACAAAGACACCCUGGCAAGGGCCCUUCGUAAUUACAACGAUAUAGGCGCUUCGCUAUUGAAUAGCCGCAUGUUGUCGAACAAUAAAACGUUGGCGACCCCGACAAUCCAGACAAACAAAAAAAACGUUCCAUAUCUAUAUCCGGAUUUUAAUGCCUUAUCUUUCAGCUUUCCUCUCGGAAUCAACAACCUCGCUUGCAGAGAUAUGUUGGCCAGUAAAACUUACAGUUCCGCCGAUCAGUCUAUAGAUGCGAGUGGAAAUUUAGGUAGCGGUUCUGAUAACCAGCAUCACCCUUUAUUCUACUCAAAUUGGCACGAUUACCAAAAUGUAAAAAACGGCGCCUUGAACCAAAAUGUGAGGCAACAAACGGGGUUCAAAGCUGAUUAUUCUAGCGACUGCAGUAAUUUAGUCAAUUAUAUUCCUAAAAGUCGCCCAUCAGCGCACGAUAAAACUCAAUUUGGAUUGAUUAAAUCGUUGCUACCCCAGACUCACGACUUGAACCACAUCAGGACCAGUUUGAGGUCGAAAAACGUCUUGACCUUCAACGAGGGUAGUGCGAUCCCCCACCCGGCCCCAAUCAUGGCGUCAAAUUUCUUGGGGCUAAAUAUGCCACGCCAGGACAAAGAAUACUCCUUGUUGAAUAAAGCGAGCGCAUGUGAUUACGUCAAUUGUGUUUUGAGCUCCCCAGCUAGCCACGUCAGUAAUUUUAACUUGCCAUCAAAUUCCUCCAAUGAACCAAAUAAACACUCAUUGCCAAACCUGGGUUAUAUACCGAAUACCCCCAUAACGAAUCCAAUCGUAUACUAUCCAUUAAACGCUUUGCCUAACACCGCGAGUCGCAAUUCAUCUUCUUACUUUAACCCACAUAUGUUCAAACCUUUGAAAUUCUUGCCUAUAAGCACUGAUUAUGCAAACUCGUUUAUCGCAACCUUGAACCACCAAUCUCCCUGUCCGAAGCCACCAGAUACUUGCCCUAAUGUCAUUAAUCAAAGUACCCCGAUCUCCGAUUCGUUUCCCCCCAUAGGGAUCCCUCUCCUUACUUCUCUGCCCGUCACGACAGUGAUACCUUCUUCCAAGGACGACCCGGAACCAAAAAGCUUCACAAUUUUCAAUCCACCCUUGAAUUCCAGUAUGAUCGUUUCGAGUCAUAUCUCGUCCUCAUCUUAUGGCACUGUACUUGAUCAAGUGAAUUUUGAAGAGAGACUAGCUGCACUUCCCGAAUUCAUUCCGCAAAUGCAAGAAAAACCCGCGGAGUUAUUGCCAGCCAGUCCAGCACUUCUUUUAGGGAGUUAUCGUAAAAAGCGGAAGCUUUCAAUGUCGCUUCAUCAAGAAAUCUUGGAGUAUUGCAGUUUGGCCACCCCUACCAAGCUUGUUCAAUCUCCUUUCACCCAGCCUAUUCCCACGUGCGAUCAUUCCAUCGAAAUCAAGAACAACGACAGAUUAUUUGUAAACGAUUAUCCUCGGUUCUCCUCUUAUAAUUUGAGCAAAAAUAAGGUGACUACAACCCCUAAAAAUCGUAACGUCCCAGUCCAUGGUAAUUACUCGAUGACCGAUCAAAAGCUAGAGUCUCCGGGUUUAAAUUCUAGCAGCGAAAGUACCGAUACACUGUUUUUCGGCAACAAUUUUUGCUUGGAUCUUUUGGCCAACGCCGCUAUCAUCUCUAGCCACCACAGCUGCAAAAGUAGUGUGCCUAUGUGUCUAAUUACCACUAUCUCCAGCCAAGGUAUGUGUACUACUCCCGUGACAUCCAGUUUGCUUAAUCCUCCUAAUAGUAGUUCUAUCAGACAGACCCUGGACAAGAGGAGGAUCCUAGUUAUGCAAUUGUUCAGCGAACACAGCCUCUUCCCUUCCAGCAAAGCUGUCAACGAAUUCCAAGCUCUUCACAAGGACAUAUUUCCAAACAAAAUGUGCCUGACUCUGAAGAUUAGAGAGGUGAGACAAAAAUUGAUGUCACAAAGUCCCAACAGCCCCCAUCUGCCAAUCAUCAAUACGAACAGCCCUACCGUCAAUUGCCACAAUAAAUCAACUCCCGUCAUAGCACCCGAUACAGAUAACACGCUGAAUAACUACAUGUUUUUGCCCUUAACCUUACCUUCAAAAAAUAACUCCUUCGCGCCCCUCAUAAAUUCUACCGCACCAAUGGUCACCGCUAAAAUUUCUUUUAACGGUCAGGGUAUAAACGGAACUUACCGUAAUAAUAGUAAGAAGGAUGUUAUUGAUUCGAACAUCCUUCCCGACACUUCAACGCGAAAACCUGUCGAAAAUGAAGCGAAUUUUAACGCUUCCUCCAUUCUAAAAUUGAACAGGCCACCACCCGAUAGGGUGGCUCUCAAGGCUGCGAGGAAUAAUAAGAAAACCAAACCUUGAGACGCUUUACAAAUAUAAAAAAUAUUGUAUUAUUUUAAAAAAAAAAUUAGAUCUCCUGUUCCUUUACAACCCUUAAGGUUCGAAAAUGCUAUGAAUUCUUUGGUUUUGAUUUUAAUAUGUUUUUCGUGAUUGAUUUACUAUUUCUAAAUCGAAAUUAUAGAAGAACAAAAAUGUGAAAACAAGUGCUUUUUAUUUCAAAACAGUCCACUUUUUUUUAAUAAUCUUAAUGCGUAUAACAUUAGGUUUGUUCCUAGCAAUAGUUAUUUCAAUUACUUAUUCCCCCAUAUAACUAGUGAAAUUUAUGAAUAGGUCAAAUAACACUUGUGUAUUCUUUUCCUCUUUAUUUUUGAAAUUUAUCCUCCUUUAUAUUAAAUAUAUAUAUCUUAAAAAAAGAUUGUUACUAGUGCUAA